CCCGCUGGUCGGCCUGGAGAAGGGGGUUCCGCGCGGACGUCGUUGGAGCACUGAUAACCUCCUGCGCCGGGUGAGGGAGGACGGAAGACUGUGGCUGACCUCAUCACUGGGUGGACUCUGCCCCUUGCAGGAGGAUGACUCGGGAGGAGGCUGGGCGUCUGCCCCAAGUACUGGCCCGGGUCGGGGCCUCCCAUGGUAUCACCGACCUGGCCUGCAAGCUCCGUUUCUAUGACGACUGGGCUCCGGAGUAUGACCAGGAUGUGGCUGCUUUGAAGUACCGAGCCCCGCGCCUUGCUGUGGAUUGUCUCAGUCGAGCCCUUCGGGGCCCACCCCAUGAUGCCCUGAUCCUGGAUGUGGCCUGUGGCACUGGCCUGGUAGCUGUGGAGCUGCAGGCUCAGGGCUUCCUCCAGGUGCAGGGGGUGGAUGGAAGCCCGGAAAUGCUGAAGCAGGCGCGGGCACGUGGCCUGUACCACCACCUUAGCCUCUGUACCCUGGGCCAGGAGCCACUGCCCAACCCUGAAGGGACCUUUGACGCGGUGAUCAUUGUGGGUGCCCUCAGUGAGGGACAGGUGCCCUGCAGUGCCAUACCUGAGCUCUUAAGAGUCACCAAGCCAGGUGGACUUGUUUGUCUGACUACCAGGACCAACCCAUCCAACCUUGCAUACAAGGAGGCGCUGGAAGCGACCUUAGACUCCCUGGAGCAGGCUGGAGCCUGGGAACGCCUGGUGACCCAGCCUGUGGACCACUGGGAGCUAGCAACUUCAGAACAAGAGACUGGGCCAGGCCCCUGUGCCAAGGAUGGCUUCAUCUCUGGCAUCAUCUACCUUUACCGAAAGCAGGAGACAGUGCAGGGGGACGGAGGGGGGCUCAGUAUUGAGCCCCUAGUUGAUCACUGAUCCUCUAUGUAUGGUCUCAGCCCAGUGUGUUUUCUUGGCUUUCCCAGCUCUGUCUGUAAAACGGGUCCAUCUUAGCCACUCCCAUUAGGAGUACUCUGCUAGGUAUAGCCCAAAGAGACUGAAAAGACUCCUCGAGUUUCUUUGGACCCAGGACUGGAGUGAUCAUCAACAGUGCUUGCUCCGUAAAGCGUGAGAAACUGAGUGGCUGUCUUCAGUAUCCACAUACAGAUCUCAAGUUUCCAGCUUGCCCGUGUGUAAUACCACCAUUGGGGUGGGAGAUAGGUGAAUCACUCAGCAGGUGACCGACCAAAACAGGCAGCUCUCCACUCAGUGAGGCAUCCUGUCUUAGAGUAAUAAGGCAGACAGCUGAGAGUGAUGGAGAGUGACAGAGAGGACGACCCCCAGCCCCUUGCCUGCCCUGUGCGAGCGCACCCGUACACUCAGGUGCACGAACCACACAGAUACCAGGUACAGAAAAAAAAAUAGAAAAUAAAACAACACAGAGACCAGUGAGUACUGUAACACAACCAAGCGCCAUCCCACCCCCAUUUUGCAAAAGACGUUGAAUUAGAACCAGCAAGAUGGCUCGGCAGAUAAAGCCACACUUACCACCCAGCCUGAUAACCUGAGUUGGAUCCUCAGGAGUCACUUGGUGAAUGGAGAGAAAUGAUGCCUACAAGUUGUCCUUUGCCAUCUACAUAGCAUAAAGCACACACACACACACACACACACAAGGGUACUCAAGGUAAGUAAGGGCGUCCCUCAAACACACACACUAAGAUCAAUGGUGAUGCAUGCUUUUACUCCUUCGAGAUCUCAGGAGGCAGAGGCAGGUGGA